ACGUUAUCUAGGAAUAGCACAGAUGUUAUAGGAAGGUGGAAACGUGGAACUCAAUCCAGAAGAAAACCAAAGGGCAGUGAGUGAGUCACCGAUGCAACUCAGCAGCAACGUGUUGGUUCCUUUGAUUAAACCCCCAAAAUCCUACUUCAGUUUCAAACUCCGGUCCUGCUCCAAUCCCAACUCUAACUCGCCCGAGUCCAACUCACUCCAAGCCGACACCCUCAAGACGCUGGAAUGGAGCUCCGUGUGCAAGCAGCUUUCGCCGUUCACCUCCACCUCCAUGGGCUCCGCCGCCGCCCUCAACGGGCGCUUGCCCGUCGGACGCACCCCCCGCCAGAGCCAGAAGCUUCUCGAUCAGACCUCCGCGGCCAGACUCCUCGCCCGGCCGCUCGACUUCUCCGGCAUCCACGACUUGACGGAGAUUCUCCGCGUCGCCACUUCUGGUCAAUUGCUAACCAUCCGAGAGCUUUGCACCGUCCGCCGCACGCUCGUCGCUGCCAGGGAAUUAUUCGAUAGUUUGAAACGCUUCUCUUCCGAUUCUAAUCAUCCACAAAGGUACUUACCCCUACUGGAAAUACUGCAAAAUUGUAAUUUCCAAGUGGAUUUGGAGAGUAAAAUAGAAUUUUGCAUAGAUUGCAAUCUUUCCACAAUUCUUGAUAGAGCAAGUGAAGACCUGGAGAUUAUCAGAUCAGAAAGAAAGAGGAACAUAGAAAUUUUGGAUUCUAUGUUGAAGGAAGUAUCCUCCCAAAUUUUUCAGGCUGGGGGAAUUGACAAACCAUUAAUAACUAAGCGUCGAUCAAGAAUGUGUGUGGGCAUCAGGGCAUCCCAUAGAUAUUUGCUUCCAGGUGGUGUAGUUCUCAAUGUCAGCAGCUCUGGAGCAACUUACUUUAUGGAACCCAAAGAUGCAAUAGAUCUGAACAACUUGGAAGUUAGACUUUCAAGCUCCGAGAAGGCUGAGGAAAGUGCAAUUUUAAGUAUGCUUUCAUCUGAAAUAGCAAAUUCAGAAUCAGUUAUAAAUAAUUUAUUGGAUAAAAUUCUUGAGAUUGAUCUUGCUUUUGCAAGAGCUGCAUAUGCUCAAUGGAUGAAUGGGGUAUGUCCCAUUUUCAAACUUGAUAGUUUUGAAGGUUGUGAUUCCAAUGAUGAAGACAAUGAUAUUCUGGACCAGCAAGAGGAUGACAGCUUAAAUGUAAACAUUGUUGGUAUACGACAUCCAUUACUCUUAGAGUCCUCUCUUGAUAUCAUUUCAGAUAAUCUUGCUCUACGAUCUGGAAAUGCUGCUAAGUUUGGUGAUGGAAACGGAGCAAUGGCUACUACAUAUACGUCACAUAGCAUAUCUGACUUCCCUGUGCCAGUUGACUUUAAAAUUGGACGUGGAACUAGAGUGGUUGUAAUCUCAGGCCCUAACACUGGAGGGAAAACUGCUUCCAUGAAAACAUUGGGCCUGGCAUCACUCAUGUCAAAAGCUGGAAUGCAUCUGCCUGCCAAGAACAAUCCAAAACUUCCUUGGUUUGACCUUAUCCUUGCCGAUAUUGGAGAUCACCAGUCCCUUGAACAAAAUCUCUCAACUUUUAGUGGGCAUAUAUCACGUAUUUGUAAGAUUUUGGAAGUGGCCACGACACAGUCACUUGUUCUCAUUGAUGAAAUCGGUGGUGGGACUGAUCCUUCAGAAGGGGUUGCACUUUCUGCCAGUAUCUUACAAUAUUUGAAGGAUCGUGUAAACUUGGCUGUUGUAACCACUCAUUAUGCUGAUUUAAGUAGUCUCAAAGAAGAGGAUACCUGUUUUGACAAUGCAGCAAUGGAAUUUUCACUUGAAACAUUACAACCAACUUAUAGAAUUCUCUGGGGGUGUACUGGUGAUUCGAAUGCAUUAAGCAUAGCACAAUCUAUUGGCUUUGAUAGAAAUAUAAUUGAUAGGGCACAAAAUUGGGUAGAGAAGUUUAAACCAGAACAGCAGCAAGAGCGUAGAGGAUUGCUUUAUCAGUCUUUNUUAAACUUUAUUAUCAAAUUACACUAA